CCUUGACAAAUUGCACUCUCAGAGAAUGUAUAGCGAAGUUACAGCAAUUGAAGACGGCUGAGGAACGUCAUAGGAGAAUGCUUGAAAUUCCUGAGGUGCAUGCUGAUCCAAAGAUGAACCCUAAUUAUGAAUCUGAAGAUUUUGGACCAACUAAUGACAAGAAACAAGAUGAAAAUCUGAGGCAAAGAAACAUCAGGUUUGAUAAGGUGAAUGAGAGCAAGCAAACCCAUCCUCCCAUAAAGAAAGCUAAAGCAGAAGGGGCUGUUAUUGCACUGAUGGCCCCACAUAGACCGAACGAAAAAGCAGAUACAUCAGGAGCCCAUAUUUCGGGGAAACGACUUAACCAGACGUCCACUUGUAGUUCAGUGAUUAGUGAUCAACAAGUAGAUCAGGCAGCAGUUAGAUGUGGACCUGAAACUUCAAUUCCAAGUCGUUCAAUAGCAAAUUUGACCCCUCCUCCUCUGGAUAGUGAUGGAACAGAAAAAUUGUGGCAUUACCGUGAUCCUAGUGGGACCAUACAAGGGCCAUUUUCCAUGACACAGUUGAGGAGGUGGAGCAAAACAGGGCUUUUCCCACCUGACAUGAGGGUAUGGACAAGGGAUGAGCGUAAUGAAUCAAUACUUUUACGAGAUGCAUUGCACGGGCAAUCCCAUACACCACCUCAGGUUCCGGAUAUACACGGGCAAUCCCAUGCGCCACCUCAGAUUCCGGAUAUCGGGUGGCCUGCAAGUUCGAAUGGAACUUCUGUCAAAGAAAGUAAAGAGAAAGAUAUCCAUGAUGAUAAAGUAGUCCAUUUGAAUGCCGAUUUGAGUUCUCGUCCUUCGUUGCAAUGCUUGAAUUUGCUGCACGAAGACACUUUAUCAUCUGAUAAACCUCAGGAGUAUAGCAGCAUGCAUCCUCCCCAUUCAUCAUCUAGUGAAGGACAACAGAUGGAAGUGGGUCAACAGGAACCCUGCAGUGACACCAUGUCUCAUCAUCCAACUGAUACAAUAGAACAUGAGAUGCAAUGUAACGGGCAGAGUUUUAUGGACCAACUGUUUGGUGAAAAUUGGGGAUCCUUAGAUCCCUUGCCCAUAACAGACUCAGAAGAUAUAGGCCCUUCCACCACACAUUUCGUGCAGGCUACCGCCAAGUCAGUUGACUCACCACCACCAGAGCAGGACGGCAGAGCAAAUAAUCUCUCGGAUCUUCCCAGCCCCACACCAAAAAAGAGUAAUUAUGAGAGCUGGGAAGUCCAAGCUGCAAAAGAACUACUCUCCUUGUCGUCAGACUUUCCUUUUCAUCAGCGUUCAAGUCCACCACCAAGAGCUAGCAGUGAACAUUCCCCUUCAACAAUUCCCGUUCAAGAUCAGGCGGGCCCACCCCAGAGCACUGUAUGUAGUUUAGUUCUUGACGGCUGGGAUCCUGGCCUUGUAUCUGUUCCAUCAUCACUUAAACCGCCGGAUGUGACUCAUUCAUCUCUGCCCCACCCGAACGUAAUUGAGUUCAGUACUUUGGCCGAAGAGUCGGUGUCUGAUUUGUUAGCUGAAGUUGAUGCGAUGGAAUCAUCACAAGCCCAAAGCGGAGUAGGAGGCUCUUCUCCCACUUCGGCCAUGAGGUGUAGCGUGGAACUGAUGCUGUGGAGUAAGAGUGAUGACUGCUUUAACUCCAUUGAGGAGAUGAACGCCUCUGCACCUGACCCCACCACAAAGAAUGAUGCCUACAGUAGUUCCACGGCGGAUAUACAGCUGCGGGCCGCGAAUGAAAUGGUUCCGGUGGCGGCUUUUGAUCCUCUGUCAAGGAGGAGCAAUGGGCAUUCGUCCACGAGUAGUGCUGGAGAAACAAAGUCAAUUGAUCUCUCCUUUGACUGCCGCAUGUCUUCCGGUGUAGCCUUGGGUGUGGGUCAAAGCAGAGUAUCCGAAGCUGGGGUCCCCAGCUGGGCUGCGGCUACACCAGGAGGAAACAUGAGCUAUGGGGGCGCAUCCCAGUCAGAUCCUCACCAGGGAUACACAAAUACCCAAUCGAGGCAAGCUUGGAGAAACAAUCCAAACAUGAAGCGCAGUACUUUUGAUGGGGGGAAUGUGACACCGGAUAACUACAGCCAAAGGAGGCAGUAUAGUGCAGAGAGGUUUUUUCCUCCUGGUCCAAAAGACCACUGGACAGGUCAAGGAGGGUACCCCGGUGGCGGCAGUGGUGGCAGGACUAGUAGACCCGCCACCUGGAAUAACAGACAACCGGUUCCCGGUGGUGGUGGUGGUUAUUCAAGGCCUCCUCCUCACAAAUCAAACCGGGUUUGUAAAUUUUACGAGAGCGGGCGUUGCAAAAAGGGAGCAUCAUGCGACUAUUUUCACCCAUGAAUCGGCACGGGCCCACGACCUCUACCGUGCUGCGCGGCGUUCGUUCGUUCUCCUGUUCUAUUCUUUUGGUGUGCAAAUGGGUUUGUUUAGAGGGAAGAGCAAGGCUGCUGCUCCAGAUGCACCUAAUGUUUGUACCACCACUGAUAAAUCACAUUGUUAAUUUAUUAGGUAAUCCCAAAAUGCCCUGAACUUUUCAUUUCCUCAAAAUCAUAGCUUACUAGAAACGGGCAGGCUGACGUGUCAGAGGGGCAGGAGAGAGAAUUAUUAUGAGGGUGGGUUUUGUUGUACUAAUGCUUUGUUAUGUCUGUGUAGAUAUAUGUGUUUUAGUUUGUAUGGACAAGAAGUUAAUAUGAAGACUUUGGUAAGUAUGGUUUUGUAUACCCGAGUGAACUUGAAGUCUU